AUGGACGGCUACAGGGUCCUGAGCGUCAUCGGGGAGGGCUCCUUCGGCAGAGCCCUUUUGGUUCAGCAGGAGAGCAGUAAUCGGAUGUUUGCCAUGAAGGAAAUAAGGCUUCCCAAGUCUUUGUCUGACACACGGAUUUCUAGGAAGGAGGCUGUUCUGUUAGCCAAAAUGAAACACCCCAAUAUUGUUGCCUUUAAAGAAUCAUUUGAAGCUGAAGGACAUCUGUACAUUAUAAUGGAAUAUUGUGAUGGAGGGGACCUAAUGCAGAAGAUUAAACAUCAGAAAGGGAAGUUGUUUCCUGAAGAUACGAUACUUCAUUGGUUUACACAGAUGUGUCUUGGAGUAAAUCACAUUCACAAGAAACGUGUGUUACACAGAGACAUCAAAUCCAAGAAUAUCUUCCUCACCCAAGACGGAAAAGUAAAACUGGGUGAUUUUGGAUCUGCCCGUCUUCUCUCGAGCCCCAUGGCGUUUGCUUGUACAUACGUGGGAACACCUUAUUAUGUGCCCCCAGAAAUUUGGGAAAACAUGCCUUAUAACAAUAAAAGUGACAUCUGGUCCUUGGGAUGCAUUCUCUAUGAACUCUGUACCCUUAAGCAUCCAUUUCAGGCAAAUAGUUGGAAAAGUCUUAUCCUCAAGAUAUGUCAGGGGUCCAUGAGCCCACUGCCAUCCCAUUAUUCCUAUGAGCUGCAGCUUCUGAUCAAGCAGAUGUUUAAAAAGAAUCCCUCACAUCGUCCUUCAGCCACUACGCUUCUCUCUAGAGGCUCUUUCGCUCGGCUUAUCCAGCAGUGCCUGCCCCCAGAGAUCAUCACAGAAUACGGUGAACAGGUGUUAGAAGAAACCAAAAAAUCUAUACAUAGUACACCAAGAAAAAAGGCAGAUCCCAGCAGAACCAGAAUAACUUUGGAAAAUGAAGCAAGCACAGUGCAAAGGGAAGAACCGGGUGGAAAGUGUAGCCACACCGACUUAGAAAGCAUUAAUAAAAAUUUGGUUGAAAGUGCACCGAGGAUAGUAAACAGAGAGGAGAAAGCAAUUCUUUAUGCUUUAAAAGCCAGUUUGCCAGGUCCUCUCAGGCGACAGUGGGAGAAAAAUGUAUCCAGUACAGCUCUUAGAGCUUUGGAAAACGCAUCCAUACUCACCUCCAGUUUAACGGCAGAAGACGACAGAGGUGGUUCUGUAAUAAAGUACAGUGAAAGCAAUACCCGUAAGCAGUGGCUCAAGGAGACCCCUGAAACCCUGUUGAACAUCCUUAAGAAUGCUGACCUCAGCUUGGCCUUUCAAACAUACACGAUAUAUAGACCAGGCGCAGAAGGAUUCUUGAAAGGCCCCCUGUCUGAGGAAACUGAAGCAUCGGAUGAUGUUGAUGGAGGUUGGGAUUCUGUCACUUUGGAUCCAGAGAGACUUGAACCUGAACUGGAUGAAGAGGAUACGGACUUUGAGGAAGACGACAGUGCCGAUUGGGUAUCAGAACUGAAGCAGCGAACUGGCUGGCAAGGAGUAUCUGAUGGAUAA